UUGCGGAGAAGCUCUGCUAGCGGACUGAUCUCACAUUGCCUCGGUUUCUCUGCUUGCAAGCGUGGCCCUUUUGAUUGGCUGCCAUGGCCAAGAUCAGAUCAGCGAUCACCAGCCUUUCUCUCUUUCUCAGAUUUCUAUUACUGCUUCUCUCUGUUUCGGACUCUCUGGUACAAAUCCAAGGCGUUGGGUUUGGAAUUAACUACGGACAGAUAGCUAACAAUCUACCUUCUCCCUCUCGCGUUGCCGUUCUUAUAAAAUCUAUGAACGUAAGCAGAAUCAAACUCUACGACGCUGAUCCCAAUGUUCUACUAGCCUUCGCCGAUUCGAACGUAGAAUUCGUCGUAGGGCUUGGAAACGAGUAUCUCCAGAGCAUGAGAGAUCCAGUCAAAGCUCAAACAUGGAUUCAACAGCAUCUUCAACCCUACCUCUCUCGCACCAAAAUCACCUGCAUUACUGUGGGAAACGAAGUCUUCAACAGCAACAACACCCAGUUAAUCUCAAACCUUCUCCCAGCAAUGCAAAGCGUUCAUAAUGCCCUAUUAAAUCUUGGCCUGGAGCGACAAGUCACUGUCACUAGUGCUCAUUCUUUUAACAUUUUAUCCAAUUCCUACCCUCCAUCUUCUGGAGCUUUCAGGCAAGAUCUGGUACAAAAUAUUCAACCCCUUCUAAGCUUUCUAGCUCAGAUCAAAUCACCCUUUCUCAUCAACGCUUAUCCUUUUUUUGCAUACAAGGAUAACCCGAAUGAGGUUCCUUUAAAUUUUGUGCUGUUUCAGCCAAAUCAAGGGAUGAAUGAUCCGAAUACGAAAUUGCAUUAUGAUAAUAUGCUCUUUGCUCAAAUUGAUGCCGUGUACUCUGCGAUUAAAGCUCUGGGUUAUACUGAUAUUGAAGUCAGGAUUUCAGAGACAGGUUGGCCUUCUAAGGGUGAUCCUGAGGAAUUAGGUGCUACCCCAGAGAAUGCAGGAAUAUAUAAUGCUAAUUUGGUGAAAAUAAUGGAGCAGAAGCAAGGCACUCCCGCCAAUCCGUCAGUUCCGAUUGAUAUCUACGUCUUUGCGCUUUUUAAUGAGAAUUUAAAACCUGGUCCCGCGUCAGAGAGAAACUACGGCCUCUACCAUCCCGAUGGUACUCCAGUUUAUAACAUAGGAUUGCAGGGUUAUCUCCCAGAAAUGAUUGUAUCCAAGUCCAACAUUUUGUCCGCCAAUUUUCUCGUCUAUUUAAUUUUAGGAUUAGUUUAUGUCGGAGAUAUUUCCAGAUCAUGACAAGAGGGGACUCUCAAGGUAGAUCAAAGGAAAAUGUGGGUUUUGGUAUAUCAUUCUUUUGCACAAGGAAGAUGGUGAAGUUGAUUCUGCCGUGGCAUAUCUAAUAAACAAUGAUCAUGGACAAAAAAGACAUGAAGUAUGUGAGAAAGUCCAGUAUCAGGUGCAAAAGGGAAAGAAUUUUUUAAAGCUGAUGUGCUUUAGUUGAAUUUCUGACACACAGAAUUAGAUGUAUUUGAUUCAUUAAAUAUAGAUAAAAUCAAGUGAUUUAUACAUAAAUAUCCAUUCAAAAUUAGCAUCCAACUGAACAAUGACAAAUCAGAUUCUUCGCCUAGAAUGCUUUUUAGCUAAUAGUAUUAUACAAAUUAGAAGUCGUGUAUCUGAUGGGAAGAUUUUUGGAACUAUACUGUGGACUGUGGAGUCAUUUUGAUUGGUCUAUCAAUUUUCCGUCUAAAUUUAAUUUUAUGAAUGUGCCAAUUAGAUUUUGUGAGCUGUGACUCAUAAGUCGUACUCAUAAUCACACCCAGAGUCUGCAAAAAAGCCUUGCUUUGCAUUAUUUAUUAAAAAGUAUGUGGUGGCAAACUGGCAAUGAUUCAUUAUCUCUGUCUUAUAUCUUCCCCUGGCAACAUGAAUACGAAUGUGGGAAUAAGUUCUACUUGUCUUCAGCUGUACGAAAAGGUUCAAAAGAAUUAGGUUGAAUUACAGAAUUGCAUAUCAAACGCGACCUAGCUCGGAAAUUGAACCCUGUUUUUUGGACUAAAAGUUACGUAGAAAACUCUAUACAGAACACGAGUGACAAAAAGAGGUGCAGAUGAGUCGAUGGCUCCACAUGGUGGACAAUGGACCUUUUUGUGCCUGGUCCAAACAAGAUUGCCGGAUGGAUUUCAACACGAAAUGUGAUAGCCAGCCAGCCAGCCUAGCUGCUUCUUUUUUCACUUUUUUUCUGAAUCGGCCCUACUGCUGUACGACUCCAAAAACGUACUGUUAUGCCAUGUUUUGCACGAGCUCGUCCCUGUGAUACAACUUGUUCUUCCCUUUUGCUUAUAUUUAGCGGAUCCCAAAAGUUAUUUUGAUAUUAGUUUGGGAAAAAAACUUCAUGCCUAACUGUUUGAAGAUUUAUGACUUCAUGAUAUUGCUGCAUUAUUGCAGGGUACAAAAGCAGCACAGAUUUUACUUGUCGGCAAAUUUUGCACUCCCAUAACUAGACGCGGCCGCAAUAAGGCUGGACAUUGGAAGUGGAGUAUAGUGAUUUUAUCAAAGGUUAAUAAUACCGUGUGAAGUACUACUGAUCGGGUAGGUGGGCUCUGUUGUAUGUGUAGAGCUGUGGAAUAUAUUAUAGUGGCUUGUAAGCCACACAAUUUGUUUUAUGCUUUCUCUUCCCAGAAAGAUUUACUAGCUAGGU